CACGCCCAGUAUUGGGUUUUCCCCAACGACAGGGACUGCUGAGUUGCUUGUUGCUUUCUCGCGGAUUGCAAUUGGGCAGCUUGCCCCAAGUCUGGACUCCCGUUCUUCAGAACAGUGUUAGUGGUUUUGGCGCCUCUCCCAGUGUGUUCGAUCACGUGCUUCAGGGUAUUUCACCUGAACCCCCGCAUAGCUGUGCCUGGCGAUGUGUUGGCCACCCAAAAAUGAGAUCCAAAGGAUUCACAGUUUCACCGGAGUCCAAUUUCAAAGAAAUGCAACGAUGUUCACAGAUGUUCUUUUGAUCUGGCCAUGUCGCGAUGCUUCCGACGGGGAAACCCACCAUUUUUUGGCUCGCAGGCGAACGCGCGAGCUCCACUGUUCGAGACCGUCGAUCUGUGCGCUGACUCGCGGAUUCGUCUAAACGUUUCCACUGGACGACAGCGAAACCGCAAAGCGGCUUCUGUCACCUCUACCAAGGCGCUGCUGGAAAACGAGCAGCGUAAUGUCUGGAACGAAUGCGAGAAACGUGAAGAAACAACAGGAAAAACGGCGUUCAACCCGCGAGUUCAGCGUCGUCGAUUUUUCGGCUCCUCGGCGCAUGCAACGCGGCACCGGCGCUCCCACGCAGAAAUGCCUCAGAGUCUCCAGUUGGCGUUUCUCUUUUCGCGAAAAGAGUCCCGAUUUGCAUUUUGCAAAACGUCCGGACGAGGUUAUUCUCGGCCGUGCGUGAAAACUCGAGAAGACACAAACUAUCGCGGCGUGGAACAGAAAGCUGCUCGUGUCCCGGGUGCUGCCUUGUGGACGCCUACACCCUGCCGUCUCAGCUGCAUCUGCGGUGAAUCCCUGUGGAUCUUCGAUUUCUUGGUUUUGUUUCACGUCUUCUUUCAUUGUGACGACUCGGAAAACAAAGGUGAGCAGAGAACUGCUUCUCGACGCGAGCGCCUGCGCCGAAAGGAGAGCAGGCACACGUCCCGUUUCUGCAUGCCGUGGCGGUAA